GAGAGCGCAAAGAUGAAGGGCGGCGGCAAGAAGUUCGGCGGCGGGCGGCUGCCGACGGGGACCCCGUCGCUGGCCUGGUCAUCGGUGGUCGUGGUGGCCUCCCUCCUCGCAGGGGCCUCCGUCGUCCACAACGUCUACAAGCCCGACAUGACCAUUCCGCCGGUAGAGAGCGCCGACGGCAAUGAGGGCAAGCAGAACUGAGCUGGUUUCACAGAGAGCGCCGGCGGAGACAGAUUCCGUUCCUUUGCAAGAACCAUGUUCUGCAUUGCACUGCCGAUCUGCGUGCCUCCGACUGUUUCUGGCAGCGCAUCUUGCUGUGCUUACCAGAGGAGCACAGCAUUCUCCUGCUCGUUACCCACUGGAAAUCAAACUAACAUUGUAUGAUUUGCGUAUCUUAUUCAAAGGGAUUUAGUG